AUGGCGCCCAAGAAGAAGUCCGGUACUUCGGCCCAUCCGUCCACCUCAAAGGCUCCGCCGCCCGUGGCCUCUAAUGCCGCGAGGGAUGCAGAGGCAAGCGAGGACGUGAACGCUGCUAGGGACGUGGAUGGAGCAGGUGGCGCCAUCACCACUUCCCUCGCGGCCGACACGGGGGCAGGAGAUAUCAGAGGAGAACAUCAUCACCAGCGCCUCCACGGUCACGCUCCGCAAGGUGCGGGCGAGGGGGUCACUCCGUCCGCACCCCCUCCUCCCACCGACGGGCACAACUGCAGCAACGACGCUCGGUCCGGGGUAAGCCAUCACCCUCCGGCCGUCCCCACCAUGGGAGUGACCGCGGCGCGUGCGCCUCCUCCUGGACGAGCCAACCAGACCGCAUCGCUCGACGGAGCCGCUGACCCUCGAGCACCACCGCCACGCAACCCCGCUGCCCAGGUGGUCGUCCCACAACAGCGUGGGCGUGGCACCGCCGCCACCGCUGGCACCGUCAGGAGCUAG